AUGACUUCUUCCUCAUUUGUUAUCAAAACGCCCUGUUCAUCUGCCAACAUUGGUCCUGGAUUUGAUGUGAUCGGUCUGGCAUUGUCGCUCCACCUUGAACUUCAUGUCACUAUUGAUUCCGCAAAAGCCUCACAACCUCCUCUGAAUUGUGUCGUCACGUAUGAUGAUCAAAGCAACAGCACGGAGGAGAUCAGUCUGGAUCCGGAGGUGAACCUGAUCACCCGUGUAGCUCUGUAUGUACUUCGGUGCCAUGAUCAGAGAGCGUUCCCCGCGGAGACCCAUGUCCAUAUUGUAAAUCCUAUUCCUCUGGGUCGGGGUCUCGGUUCGUCUGGUACUGCAGUGGUGGCGGGUGUGAUGUUGGGCAACGAAGUAGGCCGCCUUGGUUUGAGCAAGGAACGGCUACUAGAUUAUUGCUUAAUGAUCGAGCGGCACCCGGACAAUGUCGCUGCUUCUCUCUUUGGAGGCUUCGUCGGAACUUACUUGAACGAACUCAAGCCUGAGGAUAUAGCCCGCAUAGAAAUUCCACUGAGUGAAGUUUUACCCGCCCCGGCCGGGGGUAUCGAUACUGGCAUACGGCCUCCGGAGCCUCCACUUGGUAUCGGCCACUAUAGGAAGUUUCAGUGGGCUAAGGAAAUUAAGGCCAUUGCAAUCAUCCCAGAUUUUGUGGUGCCAACCGCCAACGCGCGAUGUGUCCUACCCACUGCCUAUUCAAGAGCAGAUGUUGUGUUCAACUUGCAGCGCGCUGCCUUACUCCCUGCAGCAUUGGGCACGUCUCCUCCCGAUCCAGACAUGAUCUAUCUAGCCAUGCAAGACAAGGUUCAUCAGCCGUACCGGAAGACCCUUAUCCCAGGUCUAACGGAAAUACUCAAAUCCAUGAACCCGAGCACGCAGCCAGGUCUGCUUGGAAUAUGCCUAUCGGGAGCAGGGCCAACAAUAUUAGCUUUGGCUACUGAUAGGUUCACUGAGAUCGCAGAACGGAUCAUUGCUAACUUUGCUUCCAAUAAUAUAACCUGCCAAUGGAAGCUCCUUGAACCUGCCCAGGAUGGGGCUACAGUCCAUUAUUAA